AUGGCCUUUGCUUCUCCUUUAGUUCAAGUAGUACGUCCCCCAGCAGGUUGCAAUCCUUAUUGUACCGACAUGAGCUCGCAUCAAACUUCUCCCUCUUUCGAUUUUCAGACAAAGGAUAAUCCUUCUCAUCUUGUGGAUCACCAUUCAGUUGGCACGGAGUCCUCUAUUGGGAUUGUUUCUUCUCAAUCCGAGGCUAGGUCAGAUGGUGAGGGUCUAUUGAUAAGGAUUCAAAUCCUAUUCGCUCUCGUGGUUUCCAAGAAGGUAGGGGAAACAGUCUGGAUGCUUGGGCCAUGUGUGAUUUCAAUGACUUUAUUCAAGGAAAUGGGUUUUUGGAUGUUGAGUUCUCAGGAAGCUCUUUUACUUGGUGUAACGGUCAUCACGACCUCUCUAGGAUUUGUCAACGCCUAG